AUGGAUGUAAUCUCUGACUUGACAACAGGUACUUGUGCAGUCCAAGACAAAGUAAGCUGCCCAGACCUUGGUGAGCAUUUGGCAGGGGAGUCAGAGCAGAGCUCCAACAGAGCACAGUCUCUAGAAAUCCCUGUUGAAGCUUCUGCAGAAAUGGGUCGUCAAGAGGCGGAACACAUGUGGAAGAAGGUCACCGAAAACAUCCAGGAAGUUUUUGACCUCAUGGAGGAGUUGGGAUCGGGAGCGUUCUCAGAGGUGUACAUGGUGAAGGAGAAGAAGACUGGAAAGUUGUUUGCCAUGAAAUGCGUGAAAAAGAAACAGAAAAGAGACCUCAAUCUGGAGAAUGAGAUUGCUGUGCUGAGAAGAAUCAAGCACGACAAUGUUGUGGGGAUGGAGGAUUUAUAUGAAAGUCAGACCCAUUUUUAUCUCAUCAUGGAGCUUGUUGCAGGCGGGGAGCUCUUUGACCGUAUACUGGACCGGGGAGUUUACUCAGAGAAGGAUGCCAGCAGCGUGAUCAAGCAGGUGCUGGAGGCCGUUAGCUAUCUGCACGAUAGCGGCAUAGUGCAUCGUGACCUCAAGCCAGAGAACAUCCUGUACUACAGCCAGGAAGAGAACUCCAAAAUCAUGAUCAGCGAUUUUGGACUUUCCAAGAUGGUGGACAACGACAUCAUGUCAACAGCCUGUGGCACCCCGGGAUACGUAGCUCCUGAAGUUUUGGCACAGAAGCCCUACAGCAAGGCAGUGGACUGUUGGUCUAUUGGAGUUAUCACCUACAUCUUACUCUGUGGAUAUCCGCCUUUCUAUGAAGAAAGUGAGUCAAGACUGUUCUCCAAGAUCAUGAAGGCGCAAUAUGAGUUUGACUCGCCGUUCUGGGAUGAGAUAUCUGAAUCUGCUAAAGAUUUCAUCCGUAACAUGAUGCAGAAGAAUCCCAGCAUGCGCUACUCCACUGACCUCGCACUCAGACAUCCCUGGAUUAUCGGAAAGACGGCCAGGAGUCAGGACAUCUACUAUUCUGUUAGUGUUCAGAUCCAAAAGAACUUUGCCAAGUCCAAGUGGAAGCAAGCCUAUAACGCAGCAGUAGCCAUCAACCACAUGAAGAAGCUGCAGCUGGCCCACUCAGAGCUGGCCAUGGGGAAGGCCAGUAUCCCGGACAUCAAGGUGGUCGACGUGUCCUCCCCAAAGAAAACACACAAAUGUCUUGAUGCGGACAAAUUUGACCCAAAGGUGUCAGAGAUCACAAAUGGGACAAUUCACAUGUCACUGCCCACAAUCCCCGUUGAGCUAAAGAGCCAUUAUCAUACACUGAAGGCCACUCAGAGUCAGGCCUGCUCACAUCACGCGCCCACCAUGGCUGAGCAGGGCAAGAACGUCUACCACUCAGAGCCCGCCAACCUCAACGGGUAUGGUAAAAAUCGAAAUGGCAAGACUAUACAGACUGGAGUUUGCUCAGUAAUGUGA